CAACAACAGUGCGUGAUAUUUUGCUAAAUAAAAUCAAAAGUAUCAACGAAAUGUUCCUAAAUCGAUUAGUAUUCUUCUUCGUUUGUCACCACUUGUGGGACUUUGUUUUCUCGGAACAGAGUCCGAAUUACUUCCUCUCUGAGGCCAAGAGUGUACCUCGUAUCGGCAGAAGCAACAAGGGCAGUUCAGACUUCGAGAAGUUCUUUUUGAAGGCAUCCAAGUCAGUUCCCAGAAUUGGAAGGCGAAAUGAGAAUCCGUAUCUACAAGAAGAGGGAUCAGACAAAGACCUUAGCCAAAAAAUCAGAUAUCCUACAUGGUCAGAAAUUGCAGAGCGAUAUGAGUACGAUCCAGAGCUGUUUCAGAAUCCAUUGAAUUUAAUGAAGCUCGAAGAAGAUAUGGGUGAUGAUCCUUCGGUCUACAACUGGGAGAAAGUGAGACUCAAAAGGAAGACACCUUCACUGCUAGGAUUGAAGGGGAAAAGGGGACUUAGGAAAUAAACAAGUCAGAUUUAUUCAUACGAUUUGUAAUUUAUUUAAUAAUGUUAAGGGCAUCCCUGGGACAUAUCGAAGGCGUCAUAUCACAGAAGUAUAUGUCCAACGAUAAUAACGGACUAUACUGACCAUCGUCUUUACUACUAGUUGAUAUAAAAAUAUUUAUUAUACUUAUUUAUUCUUGGUGAUAUACCUGUAUAAUAUGUGCAA